AUGGAAUUUCGAAUCUUUGUCGUCCGAUGGAAUCUUCUUGAAAACCUUCUUAAGGCACUCAGAACAAUAAGAGUCGCUCCUCUCGGCAAGCCGUUGAGUAUCAUUGCGACCAGAUCUGACAACAAGCGAAUUCUGUCGCGACAUGGCCAUAUGUAA